AUGGGGUCCCGUCAUGUUCCUGCUCGCACUGUUCUGUUUGAGAGAGAGAAGAAUGGCGUAACAUAUCGUGUACCAGCACUUCUCUACAUCCCCCACUGGUCGACUCUUUUGGCAUUUGCAGAAGAGAGGCUAAGCGCUGAUGAUGCCCAUGCUAAUUUACUUGUAUUACGUCGUGGCAUUCUUUACCACAGCUAUGUAGAGUGGGAGGAUAUGUUUGCAGUGGGGAGCGCCCACUUGCCUGGACACCGCUCAAUGAACCCUUGUCCGAUCUAUGAUGAAUUUACAGGACAGAUCUUCCUUUUCUUCAUUGCUGUCCAGGGAAGGACCACAGAAUCCUACCAGAUCCUAACUGGCCAUAAUCUUGCAAGACUGUGUUAUGUAACAAGCUCAGACCAAGGCAGGACGUGGGGUGAUGUCACAGAUUUGACUCAGAAGGUCAUCGGAGAAUCACUAAAGGGUGAGUGGGCUACCUUUGCCUUGGGACCAGGACAUGGCAUUCAGCUAAAAUCUGGUCGUCUCCUUCUACCUGCUUACACCUAUCACAUAGAUUGCAGAAACUGCUUUGGGAAGCUCUGUCGUACUACACCACGGGCAUUUGCCUUCCGCAGUGAUGAUCAUGGGAAGACUUGGACAUUUGGAGACCUAGUGCCAAACCUGCAAACAGUCGAGUGCCAGUUAGUGUCAGUAGAUGAGGAAGAUGGCAGCAAUGUCUUGUAUUGCAAUGCCAGAAGCACUUUAGGAUUCAGAGUGCAAGCUCUAAGUUCUGAUAAUGGCAUUGUCUUCCAGCAAGGGCAACUAGUGGAGAAGCUGGUAGAGACACCAAGUGGAUGCCAUGGAAGUGUCAUUGGUUUUCCUGCUCCACUAACAUAUGCCUCAAGACUAAAUACUAAAAAUAUGUUGGGGCAGCCCAUGAAUGCCAUGAGUCGAACUAAAUUAUCAAACACUGAACCUAAGAGGGUACCUCAGUUACUUCAGAAAGAUAGAAGUUGUGUAGAACACUAUCAAUUAAAUAGAUAUAGCAAUAUCUUCAAAGUAAUGCUUCACAAACAGACGAAAGGAAAGACAGCUGACAUAAACAGUAGCUAUAAUAAAGGACAAUUCUCAUCUGAAGUACAAAAGAGUAUUUUUAGGACUGAUUAUCAAUUCCAGUUGCCCACUUGGGUCUUGUACUCCCAUCCUACUAGCCCUCAGAGACGUGUGAAUCUUGGUGUUUACCUCAGUCCAUACCCUAAAGACUCUGAUCGCUGGACCAGCCCUUGGAUUAUCUAUGAAGGACCAAGUGCCUACUCUGACUUAGCAUAUAUAGAGUUACAGUCUGGAGAACUUAGAGCACCAUUAAUUGUCUUCGGUUGUCUCUACGAAAAUGGUAUAACAUCUCCCUAUGAGCAGAUAUCAUUCAGCAUGUUCACACUAUAUGAAGUCAUCCAGAACUUGCCUCCUAACCCUACCCUUCUCCAUCCAUCUAUGAAACAAGAUGGAGUAAGAGGAAAUUGUUCAACAUCUUAA